UGGGAAGUGUUAUAUCAGCGAUAAUCACGGAUCCCUUAGGUCGAAAGAAGACUAUGAUGCUGGUGAAUAUCCCUUUAAUCAUUGCCUGGUUCAUGAUGUACAAUGCAACCAGUGUUACAGAGGUAUUCAUAGCGAUUGUGCUGCAUGGUUUGAGCAUCGGUUUGAUGGAAGCCCCUAUCAUUACUUAUCUCGGAGAAAUAUGUUCACCUUCAUUCCGCGCCGUUUUGUUAGCUAUUACAGGUAUGAAUGCUUCGCUUGGAAUGUUCUUUGUGCUCAUUUUAAACACUUUGAUGCCAUGGAGAAUUGUCGGUUUAGUCUGCAUGUUCGUGCCGAUCGUAACAAUCGUUGCGCUUUGUUUUGUUCCUGAAACGCCAAUGUGGCUUUUAUCAAAGAAUCGAACGGUUGAAGCUGAAAAAUCCUUAUGCUGGCUUCGAGGCUGGGUGCCGAAAGAAAAGAUUGCUAAAGAAUUUGAGGCCAUGCAACACUACAGCGACCGUACGAAGUUCUGUGACUCGUGCAUCAAACAGAACCUGAAGUGUACACAUCCGCCACCAACGAUGGUGGAAAAGAUCAAAGAGAUGAGGCGGUCACAUACGAUGAAGCCAUUUUUCAUUUUGAUGUCACUCUUUUUCAUAUCAGCAUUUUCUGGAAUAUCUUCCAUGAACCCAUUCAUUGUGCAGAUAUUCAAAGCAUAUGAUAGUCCAAUUCCAGUCGAUCGAGCAACCGCUAUUCAAGGAUUUGUCAGUAACAUAGCAACCAUAAGCUUCAUGUGUUUGGUAAAAUUCACUGGCAAAAGAAAGUUGUAUCUCACAAUGUUAGCGGGAUCACUUCUUUGUGCCGCAACUGUUGCUGCAUAUGGAUUCGCAGUGCUACCAAGCGGUUACAAUUCAUUCGAUCAAUCGCAGCAUUUCUCACUGGAAAAUAAAAAUCUCGCCUACAUUCCAUUC